CGUGAAGUGGGAGGGGAGUGGGGAGACCUUGAAGGCCGUGCACGCUGGCCCUGCCGAGGGUCCCGGGGGAGAAGGCGGCGCGCAGCGAGCGGAGGGAAGAAAGCACUCUUUUCAGAGCAUCUCCUGGUAUCAGCAGAAAUGUCCUCCUUAAGUGGGAAAGUCCAAACUGUUUUGGGCCUUGUGGAGCCAAGCAAACUGGGCCGCACGCUGACCCAUGAACAUCUGACAAUGACCUUUGAAUGCUGCUACUGCCCCCCUCCUCCAUGUUAUGAAGCUACCUCUAAAGAACCUAUUAUGAUGAAAAAUUUAUUUUGGAUUCAAAAAAACCCUUAUUCCCAUAAAGAGAACCUUCAGCUGAAUCAGGAGACAGAAGCCAUCAGGGAAGAACUGUUGUGUUUUAAAGCCAAUGGUGGGGGGGCUUUGGUAGAGAACACAACUGUUGGCAUUAGCCGAGACGUGAAGACAUUGAAGUGGCUUGCCGAAGAGACUGGCAUCCAUAUCAUAUCUGGAGCUGGGUUUUAUGUGGAUGCAACUCACUCUCCAGAGACCAGAGCCAUGUCAGUCGAACAGCUUACUGAUGUCCUUAUUAAUGAAAUUCUCCAUGGAGCUGACGGAACCAGCAUCAAGUGUGGCGUCAUUGGAGAAAUUGGUUGCUCCUGGCCUCUGACAGAGAGUGAGAAGAAGGUUCUUCAGGCAACAGCUCAUGCUCAGGCUUAGCUGGGCUGUCCUGUUAUUAUUCAUCCUGGAAGGAAUCCCAGCGCACCAUUUCAGAUUAUCCGAGUGUUGCAAGAAGCAGGUGUAGACGUCUCCAAAACAGUUAUGUCCCACAUUGAUAGGACGAUACUUGAUAAGAAGGAACUCCUGGAGUUUGCUCAACUUGGCUGUUACUUGGAAUAUGAUCUCUUUGGGACCGAACUCCUUCAUUACCAAUUCAACCCGGAUAUCGACAUGCCCAAUGAUAAUAAAAGAAUUCGGAGAGUGCGUCUUCUGGUGGAUGAAGGCUACGAAGAUCGAAUUCUGAUGGCGCACGACAUACACACGAAGCAUCGGCUGAUGAAGUAUGGAGGUCACGGCUACUCUCAUAUACUUACCAACAUCGUUCCUAAAAUGUUGCUUAGAGGGAUCGCCGAGAAUGCACUUAAUAAGAUACUAAUAGAGAACCCUAAGCAAUGGCUAACUUUCAAGUAGGAUGGUUGUUUAUGAAUUCACACCUUGAGUAGGAAGCUUGCAGAGAACAUUUUUCAGUGAUCUCAAGCCUGCUAUGAGAUAUUAAUCAGAGCUAUGCAGGACGAAUGACGGAGCAUUUCCUCUUUAUGAGAAUCAGUUGCCUUCUCAGAAACCAGCUAUUACAUUGGUACCUUUCGGAAAUUACUGACCUAAUUGAGCCGUCUUGUUUUGCCUUAAAAUACAUACAGAAGUACCUAUUUCCAAGCAGUGAUUUACAGUCUGUCUCCCCUUUAGUGGAGUUUUGCUUUGUUUUGCUUUCUUAAUCUAUCAGCUGCACUACUUGAGGAAAUUUAAAGCGUUUCUAGUUAAAUUACCCCCUUCUGGAGCAAUCUAAUGUUUCUUGUAAUAUUGAUGAUCCUACUAAUUAUCCUGCUGUUCUUUAAUUAAUGUUUAAUGAAUAAUAUGGCACUUCUGCAGCAAGAGAAGUUAAAUUUUGAGGCCUUCCCCCCCCCCACCAAAGGAUACUGUAAUACAAUCACCAAUUCACAAUGGUAAAAAUAUUGUCGAAGCUUAAUUAUAUAUUAUAGAAGCUGUCUACCUGUCUAUAUUUACUGGUAAUAAAUCAGUUUUGUUGCCUGUGG